CGAUUUCCAAAAUGGAGGAUAGACUAUAGGUUUUCCCGACAAAAAUUAAGUAAAUUCGAUGCGUCUUUGUUACGGAUGGGCACGUCUUCCAUACUAAAAGGAAACAAACAGACCAAUCCAAGUUUUGAGCUUGCACCUUUAGCUAAAAGUUUUAAGUACAUGACAGUAUGGAAGCUGAGGAGGGAGAUGCGAUGCUGGGGGAACAUUUUGUCCAGUCUCUCUCCAGGCAACUACCAGUCUAUCAGCAAGACACAAACUUAGGUGAGGGGAGUCUGUCGGUGAACCAAGGGCGUGUCCCUGCUGGGGGCUACUACAGUGUAUCCCAUAACCCAUCAACUAUGGCCCCUCCCUCACACCAGCACCAUGUCAAUAUGCACACAUCCAGCAAUGCUCUAUAUCAAGGACCUCUGAGCCCUAACAGUAUUCCACAAAAUCUAACCAAGUCUCAGACACAAGCUGAAGUGUCUGCUUCUCAUACUAAGUCAGAUUUGGCACAGAAAAUAGCAUUGCUGCCCCUGGGAAAUUCAGGCACAGACUUCCUGCCUGUGAGAUGGGGCCACUUGGCAGCUAACCUGCCAAACCUGGCGGCCAGACUGGCCUCUCCCAGGGGAGAUAACUCCAGUCCCCAGCCACUCAUACUGAACACAAGCACAGCUGGGCUGCUGAGAAAACAUCUUGGGGAAACAGAGUUCCUGUCUUCAAAUCAGUUUGAACACUAUAGUGAGAACUACCUUGGAAAUAAAGAGCUUAGUCAGAGCCUUGAUAUUCACGAUAUGGGAAAUGAAGCAAGAACUUCAGACAAGGACAUUUUCAAUAACCCUUCCGUGUCCGAAUAUGCAUAUUCUUUAAUGUCUUCUUCAGUACAAGAGAAUACAAACAUUCCAGUGUAUAAAUCCAAGCUUGAGAAAGCCAUUGCACAGAAUCAACUGAGUAAGCUCAAAGCAGAGACCCAAAGUCAGCUUAGCCAUUUAGUUAAAUCUUCAGCAAAGGAGAGUAUUGACAGUACAAAUGCCCUAGAAAAUGUGUUAACUGCAUCAUCUGGUAUCAGUGGGUCAUUGCUGUUUAAGAAGUAUUCUGAUUCAGCUUCAAGGCUUAAUGAUUUUCCAAAUGUUAACGAGCCUACUGAGUCUAUUCAAACACAAAUCCAGCAAAUGCCCCUCAGCAGCAUUACAAGAAACAUUGAAAUAAAACAGAUUAAAAAGCCAGCUUUAAUGAAAAAGCAGCUUGCCAUUCAGCCAAAGCCCCCUUCGAAUCCCCUUGUUGCUCCUGUUGUUGAGCCAGCAGAGACAUACCACAUACUAAGAUCCGAGCCACCUGCAGCAGCUAGUGAACCGGAGCCUGUGUACCUGUAUGUUACAAGACCUGAUGUGCCUAAGGAACAGCCACCACCAAUCAUCACGGAGAAGAAGUACAACGACUAUGGCCUGGCUUCUGAUAUUUUGAAGAACUUAUGGAAACUUCGUGAGGAGGGAAAGUACUGUGAUGCUGUCCUCUUCUGUGGCAAAAACUUUGUUAGGGCCCACAGACUGGUUCUCCUUGCCUCAAGCCCUGAGCUCCAGAAGAAGAGUGCUGACUGUAGUGAGUCCGAGUUGAAACUGGUUCUACCAGAGGGAAUACAGGAAGAAAGUGUAGAGGCAUUCCUGGCCUUCCUAUACAAUGGCAAUAUCACGCUUACUGUUGAUAAUGUGCAGCAAAUAUACAGAAUAGCACUGAUAUUCAGCAUUGAUGCUGUGGUGCGUUACUGCUAUGAUUUCUGCAAGGAGGCUAAGCUUGGGCACCUGAUUAUCUCAGUGCCAUACCUGGAGACCGCUGUACAUGUACACCUGGAUAGGGUCAGGAUGGACGAGACAAACCUCGUAGCCAAAAGGAAAUUAGAUGCGGCAAAGAAGAAAUCAAGAAUGCAAACUGUUGACAAUUUAAAAUCACCUGUGAAGCAAGAAGUUAUGAGUAAGACAAAUGAUUCCAACAAAGGUAGCGCAAAUAUAGAUACUAUUUCAGAAAAAAGUUCUCAAGUUACCAAGCAACGAAAUGAAACCAGUGGUAUUCAAAGUCUAGGCCAUGCAGAUACAAAUGAAGCUCUUAGUGAUUCACCAAAUGCUGUACAGAAAAUUACUGAUGUGCAUACUUGUGUUAAAGACAAAACAUCAACACAGUUUUACUCAGAUGGAAAUAUUCUGAAAGAAAUGAACAGUUCUGACAUUGAUUGGCAUACCAAUGACCCUUCUCAAAGCAACAUCCCAAUAAGAAAAAGAGGCCGGAAUAGAAAGGUUGGACAGGGUGUCCCUACUUCAUUGGAAACAGCAACUGUUAUGGAAGAAACUAAUAACACAAUUGCAAAACAUGUGGAAACCGCAAGUUCAAACAAUAUCACUGUCAACAAUGCAGACACAUCUAUUGCAAAUCUGGAAUAUGAUGUUCCACUAGUUGACAAAAUGAUUGUUGAUGGAGAUUUGAAUCAAUCACUGGGCAUGAAAAGCAAGGAUCAAAUGGGCAAUGAAAGAGUAGAAGGAAACAUGAAACAACGUUUAAAGAAAGACUACACCUUACGUAGACGUAAAGACAAAUCUAGUGACAAACAAGAUAUUAGCAAAGUUAGUGCUACUUUUAAGCCAAUAGCAGAUACUCAAGCAAACAACGAUACCAUAGAGGGCGUUGGCAAGGAAUUAUCACAUGAUUUUACAUUGUUUCCUGACCCACUUGUAACAGGUAAACUUGAUGAGGAUGAAUUAAGAAAAUCAGAUAAUCUAUGUGAAGUGAUUGAGGAAAGAACCGUGGCUACUGACAAUGAAACAACUGUUUCAAGGUUCCGAAAAAGACCAUCAAAUAUCAGCCUUCUUGAGGCUGCAGAACAAAAAAAAGCCAAGUCGAAUGACACCAGUGCUUUGUUUAUCACUAGCACUAGCAGCAGUAAGAAGCCAAAAGCAAAGGGAAGGAAAUCUCCGAAGUCAAAACCCGGCACCAGUGUUAACCAAGUACAAGCUCACAACCCUGAUGAUUUAGCUGCCUUAAACAAAAAUCUUCAGCAGAAAGUUCAAAGUGACCAUGGAAUAGAAAUGAUUGUCGACCCUGUUGAAUCAUAUUCAAAGUCCCUUGAUGGCCUGAAAGAUUAUGAAGGAGUAGGUCAGAAUAAAGUUGUUUCUACCAUUGAUGGGACACAUCUUGAUCUUGAAAGCACAGGCUUUGAACCACAAACUAAGAAGGGAAUACCUAAAAAGAUAGAAACAGCAGAAAAGACUACCUAUACGUCACCUCCUAAAAAGGCUAGAAAUAGGAAAUACACAGUUGACUCAUUCGAUGUAAUGGAUAAGGUGUUGAUGAGACAGCCUCCAAAGAAGAGGACAAAAGAGAUUAGGGAGAUGAUGAAGAAUGAAAGCAGCACAACAGAUCAGGAACAGAACAUUGCCUCACGAACAUCACUUGCAAGGCUGGCAAAAACUGAGGGGAAGGAUACUAGAGUGAAGACUGUCAAAAAGACGAGAAAGUACAAAGAGAGCCAACCUUCAACUCAAGUCCACAUGUGCCAUCCUCAGUUAAUUGCUGAAAAGGUUGCUGAACUAGACAUGACUGCCCCAAAGGCGAUUAACUUGAAAAUAUACAGAUGUUGUUUCUGUGACAGAGCAUUUCUGAUUGCAAAACGUGCACUCGUGCACAUAAUAAGUACCCAUGAAAUAAGUUUGGAAGAAUGCAUAAACUAUGUUAACAUUGAAGACAAAAAUGCACACAAAGAUGCUCAAGUUUGUGACAUUUGUGAUUAUAAGACUAAGAAGAGUGGAAUGUACUAUGUUCACUUUCACAAGUACUUCAGACACAAUGUCCCACUGCCAAAAGGUUGGGAACCAUACAGAUGUGACUUGUGUAAAAAGGAAUUUUUCACAAAAUUUCAGCUACGUGAACACAAACUUAUACAUUUUGAUGAUCAUCCGUUCAUUUGUGAAACUUGUGGGUCAAAAUUCAAAACAAGAACUGCAUGGAAUAGCCAUACCUUCCAUAAACAUAAUACAGAAAAGAGAUUCAAAUGUCCAGAAUGCCCAAAAUCAUUUAAGACAAUGACAAAGCUUAAGGUACACACAAGAGUUCAUUCUGGCGUAAAGCCAUUCCUAUGUCCGAAACAAGGGUGCAUUUACCGCAGUACCACCAGAGGUAAUAUGAAACUUCACCUAACAUCCAAGCACAAACUUCAGGCAGGUGUGGUGAUGAGUUUAAUGGAAGCCUUGAAGCCUAGUGAGCCAGAAGAAGGGGAAGAAAUCGCCGGAGAACCCGAUUCUGACCCUGAUCCAAAUACCAGUGAAAUCCCAGGCUCAAAUAUACAGAGAAAGUCAAAGAGUCUAGCUGAUACCGAAGGUCCCACUCUACCAUUAGAGAUUUUGGUCUUUUCUGAAGGCAAUGACCCUCAUGCAAAUUCAGAAAUGGUUGCAGGCAAUAGAGCCGAUAUUCCUGUUAGCAGUUUUCAGCAGAUGGACGUUUCACAGCAAAACAAGAUGAUGAAUGAUGCAAGCAUUAGAGAGUUAUCUGAGUUUAAUACUGGAAUGCAAGUUAACGCAGCAGGUGAUAGCAGCAUAGAAAGGAAUGUCAGCUUGAUCAUUCAAGAUAUGGCUCGUUAUAUGAGUCAAAGUGACUACGCAGAGCUACGAAAACACAACGAAGAGCUCAGCAUGAGCUCUGCGCGUAUAGAAUCUUUGAAAUAUUCAAAGGCAGUGACUGAACCACAUAAAAUAAUUGAUCCAAACUCCAGAGAAGCACGAAUGUUUUUGAAAGAAGCGCUAGAACACCCAGAGCAUCGGCAGUUAUUAAAGAAUGCUAUUUAUAACAGCGGUGGACAUUUCGAGGAUUCCACAAAUGUUGAUCAGCAAAGCCAUCCAGAUACCGCUGUGUUGCAUCAGUCACAAGUACCAUUCCAAGAAUCCGACAAUUUAGUUAUAGAUAUGCAAGCAGAUUCACCAGAGCCAAGUGAAAGUCAAAAUAUACAGAAUACUAUCAGUACGACCCUGCAGCGCCUUAGAAAUAGUUACCAGUACCGGGAGGCCGGCGGUGGCGCUCAGCUCGCCAGUGAGCCUAAUGUAGCGGAAAUGCUACACAGCAUCACUGCUCAAGGCCAAGUGCAGGACAUGACAGUUCAAGGUGAGAACCUGACAGUUCAUGGUCAUGGCCAAGUGCUGGGGGGAAACUCGUUACAAGAGUACUCACAGAGAUCCACCUCGCCUCCAGCUUACAGUCAUACCUCGCACAGCUUGGUUGCCAUGGCAAGGCAAGAGACAGACCUCGUACCAUGUGCAGACGUCCCGAUUGACUGCGUUUCGCAGCAAGGUGGUCAAGGUCACGUGCAAGGAGAUCAGCAGAUUCUUCCAGGGGCAGUAUUUUCCGGAAUAGCACCUCAAGCGACAGCAACGGGACAAUUCAAUUCCGAUGGAAAUUUAUACGAAGGGUAUUACCAAGAGCAAUAUGACAUCGAAAACUAUUAGCUAAGAAGACUGUACAAAAAACAGUAUGAUUAUUAUAUACUGUACAUAAUUUUGAAGUUAUCUAAUAUUAUUAUAAUAAUUUAUAUAUAAGAUAUAAUUAUUUAUUAUAAUCAUCAUGAUUCGUGUAUAUUUCUUAUUACAUAUACUUCAGUUACUUUCUGAUUGAAUUAAACACUGUGCUAAAUGUAUCAAUUUGAGUUUUAACAUUGUACAUAUAUCUUCUUUAAACACAGUAUACAUGUCUAAUAAUGUAACAACGUGCAAAACAAAUGUACGGAAUUCAGACUGCAUAGCUUUAUUGAAGCCUUGAAUGGCUCAGAAGCAAAACCGUGUUUUAAACACCUGCAGGCUGAUUUAAUUUGGACGAUUUGUGAACAAAGAAUGUAUAAAAUCAUAUCGUAUUAUUAAUGCUUAAGAAGUUUGUGAGAGAAACGACUUCGUAAUGUUCUUUUUUUGUUAAAGCUAGUCUAGUUACAAAAUGAGAAUUACAUUGUGUAUAUUCUAUAGAAUCAGAAUCUUUUUUAUUUGGAUUUAAACACAGUUUAUCACCCAUACACAUGUAGUUUGUGUCAAAUUUAAAUUUUGCUGACUGUUAAUGGUUUAAAAAACAGGAUUGGCUAUGUUUUUGCAAUGUAUAUUCAAUGAACUGUUUUGAUCAUGUUAUAUACAUAAUAUAUUGUCAUGUUAUAUAUUUAUACAUUCAAUACAUAAAUAUUCUCUUUAAUAUUAUGAGAGAA